AUGAAAUAACUAUUCAAACUAUUUGCAAUGAAUAUAAUAUUGAUUGCCAAUAUUCUCUAAAGUUUAUGGUGGAUGAUAUUGGCUUUAUAUUUAAUCUAACCAAUAAAUUAGAUUGCAUUUUAUUUACAAAUAGGGUGUGUCACAAUGAGGAUUUUAUAAUAAAUUUUGAUCACAAGAAAAUAUGGUUUGUAUUUAUUUGUGCAUAUAGUAUCUCUCUUUUAUUACGUGAUGUAUAUUGAAACUUUAUUACUUUUAAAAAUUGAUUACUCUUUAGGCAUCUUCUCUAGUAGUUUAUUAAUAAUUGUUACAUAUAAUUCUUAUUUGAAAUUUGCAGUUUAAAAAUGGAGUCAGAUAUGUAAAUUAGGACUUCCAUUUUAUAUUAUUUUAAGACUCAUAUCCAUAAUAUUCAUUACCUUUAGUUAUUAUUCUUUAGAAAGCUUAUUAAUUAUAAUAGUUGUUUUAGUAUAAUAUUUGUUAACUACAGAUUAAUAAAUUGAGAGAAUUCAUGUAAGUAAUAAUAACGAUUAAAUUAAAACAAAAAUAAAUGCUAAAAUACCAGAAUUAUAAUUGAAAAUAAUGGAAGACAAGGAAUCACCUAAUAAUCAAUAAUAAUCUUUAAUAAAAUCCUUAAGUAGAGUAUCACUAAUUCAAACACCUUUAAAAAGUUAAAGUAUAUUAAUGAAAGACUAACAAAGUGAUUCAAAAUUGGGCUUAUUAUCUAAUUUUACAAAUUUAUCAAAAUCUUAAAAGAAUAACAAGGUUUCUGAAAAAUCAGAUUUACAAUUACACAUAUUUUAUUAAAAUUUAAUCAAUAUAUUUCCAUAAGGUAUUUUAAUAUUAAAUCAAUUUUAAUAAGUCAGUUAUAUGAAUAAUAAAUGUGAAAAAUUAUUAGAAUGUUAAGGAGGAGAUUAAGUUUUAGAGAAAAUAAAGAUUUGUGUUAAUGAUGCUAAAAUGUCAGAUAAUGAAAGUGAAGUUUCAAAUUUUUUGUAAACCACAAAAUAAAAUAGAUAAAUAAAUUAAUAUACACUUUAAAGAAUAGUAAGAAAAUUAUAAAAAGAAAAUAGAAGAGCAGAUGUUUUGGAUAUUAUGCUUUAUCCUUAAAAAUAUUAUGGAAUAUUAGAUUAGAAAGGAGAAGCAUAUAGUUAAGAAGAUUCAAAAACAGAUUAAUUAACAUUUUAAUAAUAAAUAUUUAUAUAUGAAUGGUUAAUGGAAUCUGAAUUGUAGAAUAGAAUUAAUUAAAAAAAACUGAAAUUAAUCAUCAUACCAACUUCAAUGACUGGUUAAUAAUAAGAAUACAUAUCUCUUCCUUCAUAAAAUAAAUGCUCUAGUAAAUUGAAUAUAUAAAUUAAUAAUGAUACAGAAAUUCCAGUUCUACUUAUUAUGAUUAAGAAUAUUACAAGCAAACAUAAAUAUUAAUAGAUGAAAGAUGAAUAAAUUAUUCAUCAUAGUCUAAUAAAAUCAUUUUCACAUGAAUUGAGAACUCCACUUAAUUCAUGUUAACAUAUGUUAAAUCUAAUUAAACAUUAAUUAAUUGAAAAGACUGUAUAAGAAUAUAUUGAUAUUGCUAUGUGUUCUAUUACCUUAUUGAUUCAUCAAAUUAAUGAUAUACUUGAUUAUGCUGCUAUUUAAUCUUUUUCUUUCUCUUAUCGUAUUACAAGAUUUACUAUAAAUUAGAUUAUUUAAGAAAUAGAGAAUCUCUAUAAAAUAUAAAUGAGAUAAAAAAAAAUAAAAUUUGGUAUUAAAGCUAAGUAAUCUUUAAGAGAUUUAAUUAUUUGUAAUGAUAAAUAAAGGAUACUUUAGAUUCUUGUAAAUUUAUUAAAUAAUGCAGCCAAAUAUACAAAAGAGGGAGGAAAGGUUAAGUUAACUAUAAAAUAAAAUAGAUUAUUUUAUCUUAAAAUAUAAGUUAAGGAUAAUGGUAUUGGAAUAGAAGAUGAUAAAUUAACAUUAAUUUAAAAUAGUUUGAAUGGUAAUUUGGAAUUUGGUGCAAGAUUAAAAACUCAAUAAGUUACUUAAAAAGCAGGAUUAGGUUUAAAUAUUGCAGCUAAAUUAGUAGAAGGUUUAAUUGAAUAGAAUAAUAAUUAAUUAUUAAUCAGUUCAAUUAAAAAUUAAGGAACAAAGGUAUCAUUUUAAGUUUAGAAUUUCUUAAAUACAACAAAUGAUUAAUAUUAAUCUAAUUUAGUAUCUUAAUUAACAGGAAGAUUUAAUUAAUCAGGUAUUUAAAAUACAUUAAGUGAAAAGAAAUUUGAUGAUAGAAUGUUAAUUAAAUCAAUGAAUUCAAAAUUAGAUUAAGAUAGCUAAUUUUAAGAUCAUUUUAUUUAUGAAUCAGAAUCUUCUUUGAAUACACCUUAAUUAAAUGAUAAUUUUAAAUAACCAUAAAUAUCUUUACCUAUAAGUCCUGAAUAUUUCUCUCAUAAAUUCAUUUCUUCAUGUAAAAACUUAUUACAUGUAGAUACAAUACAAAAAAGUAUAUCAUUAUGUGAUAAAUGUGUUCAUGUUUUAAUUGUUGAUGAUAUUCCCUUUAAUUAAAUAGCACUUAAAUUAAUGCUUAAACAUUAUUAAAUUGAAGCAGAUUAAGCAUUUGAUGGAUUAUAAGCAAUUGAUAAAGUCAAAACUAAAUUAUAAGAACAUUGUUCUAUUUAUAAAUUAAUAUUUAUGGAUAUUGAAAUGCCAGGUAUUGAUGGUUUUUAAACUAGUAAAUAAGUAUUAUAUUAAUUAUAUAUAUAUAUUAUAGAUUAAUGAAUUGACAUAAUAAUAAUCAAUGAUAGUAAUUUGUUCAGCUUAUGAUACUUAGUAAAAUCUCAUUGAAGGACAAAAAGUAGGGAUCUCCACAUUUCUUCCAAAACCUGUAAAGUAGGACGAAUUGGAAGUAGUAUUAAGGACACUCUUUUAAAUUAAAAGGAAUUUUAAUUGA